UGUGAUUGGGUUAGUCAAUUGAAAUUGCCGGAUGGUUGUUCUUCAAAUAUUGCAAGGUGUUGCAAGGUAGCAAAAUUGAAGUUCCAAGGGAUGAAGUCACAUGAUUGUCACGUAUUUAUGCAAAAGUUGUUGCCUUCUGCUUUCCGAGAACUUCUUCCGGAUGAUGUCCACAAGGUACUUUGUGACCUGUCUAAUUUUUUUAAGGGAUUGUGCUCGAAGGAGUUACUUGUAUCUGAUUUGGUGAAAAUGCAAAAAAACAUUGCGGGCAUAGUUUGCACUUUAGAGACUAUAUUUCCUCCAAGUUUAUUUGAUCCAAUGGAGCAUCUUCUUAUUCAUCUAGUUGAGGAAUGUAGACUUGCCGGGCCUGUCCACAAAAGGUGGAUGUAUCCGGCUGAAAGAUUGCAACGUAGAAUGAAGCAGAAAGUGGGGAACAAAGCACAUGUUGAAGGUUCCAUUGCUGAACGGUACACACAUGAAGAACUUGCACAUUUCUGUUCUAUGUACUUUCAGUCUUCAGUCCAAACACAUCAUAACAUGUUGGGACGUAAUGAGGUAGUAGAAGAUAGCACUCGCAAUCCAGAAAGUUUGGAGGCUUUUACAUAUCCAGUAAAGCUCAAAGGUGCAUUCACUAGUUAUUGUUUGGAUGAGAAUUCACUGAAAGUUGCAGCCCAUUAUGUGCUAACCAACAUGCCUGAGGUAUCACCAUAUAUUACGAUCUUUGAAAAUGAGGUACGUAGUCGAACUCCUUUAUUAUUAAGUGAUGCUGAGAUGGAUAUAUUGCUCAAGAAUGAACUCCUUAUAUGGCUGGAACAGAAGGAUCGCUAUACAAAGAUAUGCGCAGACAAAAACAUUGAUCCUACAAAGACUAGUUUGGAGUUGUGGGUAAAAGCAGUUGGGGGUGUACAGAAGACCGAAUUCUUGGGUAUUCACGACUUCGAGCUUGUGAUAUCUUAGGUACCACACGUAAUACACGAAGGGUUGGUGAGGGAGGCAGUAGUCGGUCUACCAUGGAACGCCUUUGUGAUGAUCUUUUUAUGCGUGCUGUGGAUAGGACUGUUGCACGUGCCCGUGAGCAUCCAGAGGAGUUCGAGCUCAGUCCUGAAGAUGUUCGUUUGCUAGCACAAGAUCUAUUAGACAGUGAUGGACAAUUACCUCAGGAUCACCCUCUCACUGAGCAGACUCAGCGUGACCUGAUUCAUGUCAUUAUUGAAGUGUUCAAUGACCUGUACAAGAGAAAUGGGCCAAAUAACAAGGUACAAUCUGUGUGACUUAUUAUUUACGUGUACAUAUUAUGCUAGCGGUAUAGUUGCAAAAAAGACUUUGACACAUGCAUGU